ACUACGGCUAAUUUGUCUUUGUCGCUUCAGGAGAGGAGACUCCUAGGACGUAUGUGAAUAAAGACGCCAAAGGUGCCAAGUACCUAGAUGGGAACCAAGGAAAACAGAGUUAGUGGCAGUUGUUUCAGAUCUCUUUCUAGCCCGAGAACUUUGAGAAAGAUACUGUACUCUGAAGCAUUAAAUCUUGCUGAUCAGUGCUGCCCAUGUUUUCUUGAUUGCUCCAGAAUAGCAGAUAAAGUGGCCUCGUGAAUAGGAAUGCCUGCUCAAAUAUCAAGAUUGGAGAUAAUGGAUGAAGAUCGAUUAAUUGAAGAAGUCUUGGAUAAGUUUGUUAAUUGUCAUGAGCAAACAUAUGAAGAAUUUCUGAGCACCUUUACUCAUCUUUCAAAAGAGGAUAAUGGGACCAAAAGGGGGGCAUUUGGAAUUGAUUCUUCAGAAAACAUUACUCCUAAAAACGAACCAAAUGACCACCAUCUUAGAAAUAAAACCAUCUUUCUUCGUACUUCAUCACAAUAUUCAGAAGAAGAACAGAUAGUGAUGGAUGAAGGCCAAAAAGUUGGCAGUUCCUUUCAAGGUGAUCUGAAUAGGGCAGGAAAGGUGAAGGUAGACAAUUUUCUAGAUCUAGAAGAUCUGGAGGUGGAUGAAGAGAUUAAGCCCCAAAUAAGCAAGGAUUUGCUGCUGCUUCCAGGAGAAGUGGAACAGGAGGUCAGCACCAGCAUGCCUUCUUACAGUCCUUCUGUGGGCCAGCCGCUCUCCCGUGCAAUGAAGCCAAAGCCCACCAUAACAGCAACAGAAAAACAAAUGGAAGAGAUACUUGGAGAUGAAGUUCAACCCUUCUCACUUGAUGAAGAAUUUGAUUAUGACAAUGUGAUAUUAACCCCCAAGUUCAGUCUUGCAGAGAUAGAGACCAUCAAAGAGCUAUCCAAGCAAAAGAGAAAGAACACCAACACAGACUUAGAGGAACCCCAUGACUGAUUCACUAAUGCAUUUUUGUGUUUAUUUUUAUUUUGUUCUUAUGCAACAUCAGAAUAAAAGAUAAACCUACUAUAAUUCCUUUUGUGGAAA